AUUAACGAAUAUGUACUCUUACAGGCAUCGAGCGAACUUGACACCCAAACGAGAUGUGCGUGCAAAACAAAUCCCACGACAUGCUCACUAAAACAACAGCGUCUCCACCUUGCAAGUUUAGCCAUUCCUUAAAAAGGUUUUAUUGAAACGCGAAUGUGCUAUGGCGGGAACGUUCGGCGCUUCAGUAAGUUGGUUUGAAUGUUGCGAACGGGGGAUGGAUUGACUUUCUUUGGGCGACAUACUUUUGCAGGUCUCCCCUUCGUUGUCUCCAGGGCAAAAGAAAGUUAUGGCUAAAAAUUUUAGCUUUGAAGAGGACGAAGAAUGGGACCUGGAUUUAAUACAAGACCUUGUUCGGAAAGAAGAGGAGGCCAUUGCUGCAAAAAAAUCUACACAGCAAUUGCUCACGAUUCCCAGUUCAUAUGGUGGAGACUCUACCCCAACUUAUCAUGAAAACCGCAACCAAAACAACAGUAAUAAUUAUUUUAAUGAUGUGCACUCACCAGGCUUGGAUUCAUACUUGUACAGCUUUUCACCCCCUAGAGGUUUCACCGAUUCCAGUAAAAUCAAAGCUUGUACUGAUCAAUUAGGGAUUCAACACAACAAUGCUACUCAACCAGGGUUUCGAAACAAAAGUUCUGCACAAUUUGGGUUUCAAAACAACAAUUCUACUCAAUCAGGGUUUCAAAACAACAGUUCCUCGCAACCUGACAAAAAUGCCAGCUUAUUGAAGAAAGAGGUGGAUCGUCUAUUGGAGCAGCUAAUUUUCCAGGACCAGGAAAAGUUGGAGCUUUCCAGGGAUCGUGAUGAGAAGGAACAAAAACUUAGAAGGGCUUUGGAAUCACUUGCAGCUAAGGAAGCUGAACUUGAACGCUUAAAGAAGACAAGUUUAUUUUUUGAAGAAGAAAAUAUAUGUGAAGAAGUUGCAAGCAGAUUUUAUGAAGGAGACUCAAAUGAUCAUCAUCCAUUGAAGUACCAAUAUUCAAGAAGAGCAGAUGCAAUUCAAACUUCAAAGAGAAAGCCUGACUGCAGUCCUGGGCAGGAAGAAGAACUACUUUGCAGGAAGAAAACAGCACAAGUGAAGCAUGUGACAACAGAAGGAACCAGCUCAAGUUCAGAUGCAAUUCCAACUUCAAAGAGAAAGCAUGACUGCAGUCCUGGGCAGGAAGAACAACUAAUUUGCAGGAAAAAAACAGCACAACCAAAGUAUGUAACAACAGAAGGGGCCAGCUCAAGAUCAGAUGCAGAUGCUACAAUUAUCAAUCUUUCAUACAAGUUACGGAGAAUAUGGGAUCCAGCUGAAAAUCGAAGAUGGGAGACAAAUAUAGUAUCACAAUUGUUUGUAUUAUGUGAAAUGGAUAUAUAUGCACUGCUUUGGGGCACACAAGGAUCUUAUCAACAGAACAGUAAAGUGUCUAAUGAUAUGGUAUACAAUGAUUUGUCUGAGGGUGGCCAUAUGGUUAAUGGUGACAAAGACAUUGAAGCUGACAAACUUCAUGCACUUUCUUUGGAUCUUCAUGCCAUAUUAGCUAAGCUUGCAAAUGCAGUGGCACCAUUGGAGUUGCUUAUAGAGACAUUACUUGAGUUUUGUACUCUUAGAAAUGUUGAAAUUGUUGAAAGUGCACUUUGCAUAUUGAAUUGUACAUUGCGCUAUGAAUGCAGUUUUAGGAGAGAAACUGCUGAAAGGGGUAAUUUUCAAGGAUAUGCAUACAAAGGCAUUUCUGGACUUCUGAACUCCCAUCACAAACGAAGCAAUGAAAGUCUGCAAUCACAGGAUUUAAAUAAGUUAGCAAGUGAUGGCAAUAUCAAUGUAGAUGAUUGCAUGUUUCCACAAACGUUUUCCUCAAGAAUAUUUUUCUGUAAUAGAAGUCUUGGUAAAAUAGAUUGGAAAGCAGCUAACAAUACUGGAUUGGAUAGAAAUAUGCCCCCAGUGAAUGAGGCAAUUUCCGACAAACAAAUGCUUACAACAGCUCGUGAGGCCUGCAGCCCUCAUUUUGUAAAUUGGGUGGCAUUAUUUAAGAAGAUCUGUCAGGUAGCGCUGGACAGUGCAAGCAUAGGUGUAAAACUGCAAGCCAUUUCCACAAUGAAUUUAAUUGUGAUGAAGAGUCAUCCAGAUUCGGAGCGAGAGCAAUAUGGUCAAAUAUUAUUUUACAGAAGCUUAUCUGAAUUUUUAAGAAAGAAAGUUGGCGUAGAUGUACAGCUGCAGGCAGUUCAACUUUUGUUUCUACUCUUAAAUUGUCCGAGGCUUUUCAAGCUGUUCUGUUGUUGCAAGGAAGAUAUUGAAAUGCACAUUGACAACGAUAGUAGCAACCUAGAUGUUUCAUGCACGGAAGGCACAAAUGAGAUGGUUCUGCAGGGUUUGGUUGAGUGUAUAUCUCGAACAGGCUUUGAUAUGCAGGUAUAUACCCUUCGUAGGCGUGCAUUACAUGUGCUUGCAUUUAUUGCUGCAUCUGGAAACAUGGGGAUAGCAUGUUUGCUGAAUUUUACGCACUCUGGUAGCAAUAAUCUACCAGAACAGAAAAGCUGUCUUGAUUCAGGAAGGAGUGAUAGUCUACAGACAGAAAAUACUAGAAUUCAUAAUUCAGAUUCUGUUAAAAAAAAAAAUGUGCAUGUUGAGCACCGUGGUUUACAAAGUUCAAACGAUGCACAGCAACAAAGAACAAAUAUUUUGUUGCUGCUUGUUGCCUUGCUUAAUUCUGAGAUUGAUGAAGAAGAAAAGGAUGUGGCUAAGGUAGAUGACGCUGUAGAAGAAAUUCACAAAGAAAGAGCUACUUUGGUCCGAGAGGCAUUGGUUUUACUGCAUAGUCUUGCUUGUAACCCUACUUAUGAAGCUUCUGUCUUGCGAAUGCUUACUAAUGGUAAAUUGGCAUUGAGAUUGAGUCUAAGUGUGGUUCAGAGAAUAGCUAAUAGAAGCUUCAUCUAUUCUAGAAGUGGGGGAGUUCAGAUGCCUGAUACCAAUCAAUCUGAUACUAUGGAGUUGGCAAAAGAGCUGCAGCAAAAAAUUUUGUCUCAUGCAAGAGAUGUGUGGUAAUCUUAAUGUUCUGAAGCUAUAUAUCUCACUGUACAAUAGACAAUUGCAGUCCGUUUUCUUGCACUAGUGGGUCUGAUGUAAUUCUCGAGGCAGAUAAUCACUGCAGUUUGGGAGAGUGACGAUUUUCUGUAGAGAUUUCUUUAUAUAUUAUCUACAGGGGCGGUCUUGCACUAGUGGGUCUGAUGUAAUUCUCGAGGCAGACAAUCUACAGCGGUGGUUUUGGCUGAGCUUACCUUCGUCUUGCACUUAUAUUUUUGACUUCAUUUUUAGUUAGCUGUAUAUUUGUGCAGGUAAGUCUUUAUGAUAUUAUACUAAUUAGCAGAAGACUAGUUAGUGUGAGAACAGUUCCACAAUUGGCCUGAAAAUUUGUCUCAUGCUGCCAAACUGAAUAAAUCCGUUGCAGAGUUUUCUACUUAUAUCAUUAUUUUUGUGUCUUCUAAACUAGCUCGUAUAUACUUAAUACCACAACAAAUUGCCCUCUUCUAUAUAUUAUAGGUAAAUCUUCCUCUAUGUUCAACUUGAAUCAACUUGCGCAGAAACGAAUAUGAUUGCUGCUCUGUAUAAUUUACAAUCGAAUUGCAAAGCAGGCACGGAUCUGAUCGUUGGCCUGUGUUUAUUUUACAGAGGAUCAGGGUAACAAAGAUGUGCUGGAAGUGUAGUUCAGGUGGGACCCAGUUUUAGUAAUUAAUUAAGCCGAUAAGAAUUUUUUGUGUGAGCUUUUAGCGCGAAAAACAGCCGACAUAUUAGUCUCAGCCGGUUUUUCUUUCUGGUUCGCCAAUUUUUCUUCGUCGCUGAUUUUCCUUUCAAUUAUUCCCCGGAAAUGUCAGAUUGCACCGUAUCAAGCACGGGAGGUCUCUGAAGAGCUUAAUACAAUUUUAAACGGGGAAAUAAGGCUGCUAUUUUCUUUGCAUCGAACAGAACAACUGCAGGAGCUGCUUACUGUAGCGUAUUUACAGCAGUAUUUUUGAGCGUGGACUGAAAGGAAUUUGUAAGAUACGAACAGUUGAUGAGGAGGCCUGGCUUUGGAUACAAAAAUAUUUAAAUUGCAGAGGAACAGGAAUGCCAAGCCCAGCGACAAAAUUGACUUAAGCUUUCUGAAGUUUCAAUCUCCUUAGGUAAGAAAUCUUUCACAGAAAGAAAUUUCACAAGACCACUGGCUUAUUGAUCAAGAUCCAUAACAGAAGGGUUGACAAGGCAAAAAACUUGAAAAUGGUUGAUGCUAUUCCUGGUCUCAUAGAUUAAUGGUCUCGUAGAUGUCCUUAAAACUCACUCAUUCAUUGGUUCGUACUUGUAAUAUAUGUAAUUUUGGUAAUUUUUUGGAGCUUUGUUUAAAAGUUACAGAAAUAUACGAUUGAGCAGAACAAUUGCCUAAUACAUGAAACUUUUUAAUUUUUAA